AUGUCGAUAGAUGUGGUUCCUGCUACCGAAACCGCUGCAGCUGCAACCACUACCGCUACUUACAUGGACAACAUUAUUUCUGUUCGAAAGGCCAACGCAAAGAAACUCGCUGGUGGUUAUACUCAAACGAAACGAAUAGCAGAAAUUUGUUACUUCUCCUUAGCGGUUUGCCUUUGGAUGAGAAACGUUGCAAUUGUGGUACUCUAUUUACUGCACAGUAGCGAAUCGUCUUCCAAUCAGUUAUUAUGGAGCCCACUGAUGAUUCUGUCGGCUAUGGUAUUGUCUGACUUCAUUAGCGGCGUGGCCCACUGGAGUUUUGAUACGUGGGGAACCCCGGAGACAUUUCUGUUCGGUAACUUUAUACGCUCCUUCCGGGAGCAUCACGUUAACCAAAUGGCCAUGACCAAACACGAUUUUAUUGAGACGAAUGCCGACACAACUUUACCCCUGAUCCCUGUGUUACUGAUCCAAUUAUACUUCCUAGGUUGCAAUUCCAAGAAUAAUUCAACAUUCCGAUACAACAUCGACAAUGACAACGCUGGUUUCCAUGUAUUUUUCCUUACUUUCGCACUUUUCAUUGGUAUGACUAAUGAGCUUCACAAAUGGGCUCACCUGCCGGCGCCGCAUCCCUUCGCUCGCCUGCUCAUGUCGUGUAGAAUUGUUCUCACACGUAAAAGUCACCGCAGGCAUCAUCGUGGGAGUUAUGACCGCAGUUAUUGCAUUACAACUGGGUGGUUGAAUGCCCCGCUUGACCGAGUUGACUUUUGGCGGAAGGCCGAGGCAGUUGUAACGGCAUUGACGGGUGCGGUUCCACGGGCAAAUGAUAGGGAGUUGUUAGGCGUACGACAUAAAGAAGAAACGGACGGGGAGGGUUGCAAUGAGGAAUUUGGAGGGUUGUGA